GCGGUGCUGAGGCACCUGGGGGGAGCUGGGCUUCCAGGGAGCGGCUCGAGGCCUUUAAGAAUGAGGAGGGGGCAGCGAGGACUCGUCUCGGCUGAGGAGGACUCCACCGCGUCCCACCAUCCUAGGUCCUUACUGGGGUUCUCUACAUAUGAUUCUGCUUGUCAAAUUGCCCAGGAAAUUGCUGAGAAAAUUCAACAACGAAAUCAAUAUGAAAGAAGAGGUGAAAAGACAUCUAAGCUUACCGUGACAAUCAGAGCUUUGUUGCAGAAUCUGAAGGAAAAGAUCACCCUUUUGAAGGACUUAUUGCUAAGAGCUGUGUCAACACAUCAGAUGUAUCCACGUAAACAUUUCCAACUCUAUUCUAGAAUGGGAGGAAAAGCAAUCUUAUUUUAAGAGAGGAAGGAAUCUGGGCCACCCAGAUUUUUCCACAACUUUGGGAGGACCUGGUUUCCACAUCAUUGCAUGUAAUCUUGUUUUAUAGUGAAUAUGCUGGCAAGGCAAGACCUUCAAAAGGAAUUAACUUGUUUGGGUGUGACCUUUAUAGGGCAGGAAGCUAAUGCUUUCUGUCAGUGCUGUAUUUAUGGAGCCGCACAUAGCUCUCUCUCUGUCUACUGCUUGAGGAUGGCUAGCCACUGCUCUGAGAGCAAAGCCUCCAUGAUAAUCCUGAGCUGUGGUUCUACUUCUGGACUUCUCAGACUUUUUUUUUUUUAUUUUUUAUUGUUUUAUUAUUCAU